CCCAUCCCCGCACCUUCCCACAUCCCAAUCGCUGCUGCUGGUUGCCACUUCUCCUCCUCCUCCUCCUGCACCCCCUCCUCCUCCUUUUACUCCUCCCUCUUCUUCGCAGCGGAGAGCCGACUUGAUGCGCAUAAUAAAUCAUCUCUGCAAGAUCCCUCUGCGAGCCCGGCUUCAGAAAGACGCGUGUUGGAUUUGGGAGCGUAAACAGAGGGGCGAGAGGCGAGCCUCGUAGCUACAGCAGGCGCGAGGAUAUGCUUUAAACGCGAUUCAGUGCUGCGAACAACGGAGUGGAGGAGAGGAGGCAGAGCAGCGAUAUGAGCCGCAUGUGUUGGAGCCUCCUCGCCACCGGCCAGCACAGACUCACUUUCACCUGUAUGAACGACCUUGCAAUUGUGACCGAAAUUUUCCCGACCACGUUAUUUCCAUGGAGGAUCAAUUUGUCGUUUUUUUCUGCGAGGGCUGAAUUUAACUCCCGCUGGUCUCGAGACACUUCUGAGCAGGAGGUCACGCUCUUUUCUCUCUGAGAACGCAAGUGCCAUUUUAAAGCUUAUUGGAUGAAAGACUCAUUUACCCCUGGCUGCCAAAGAUGACGCUGCCAUGGAAACUGCUUCUAUUGCUAUCAAUCAACGACCGUCUGACAGACUGUCUGGACAGUGCAUCAUACCACGGUCCGCGGUGGAGGAUGGAACCAGCUGACCUGUUCAUCCCCGUCGACUCCAUAGAAGAAGAAGCCACCCUGACUUGUGAUGCUAAGGGCAUGCCUUCUCCUCAGUACCGAUGGUCACUAAACGGGACUCUCAUAAAUCUGGGCCUGGAUCAUCGGCGGCGUCUGUCUGGGGGCAACCUCAUUAUAGGCAAUCUGGACCGCUACCAGGAUGUAGGGAUGUAUCAGUGUAUGGCCUACAACACUGUAGGAGCUAUACUGAGCAGGAGAGCAAGUCUACAGUUUGCCUAUUUGGAUCAUUUCAAAGUUCACACCAGAAGCGCCGUGUCAGUCCGAGAGGGACAAGGAGUGGUGUUACUGUGUGGGACACCCACUUCAUCAGGAGACCUUACAUACGCAUGGGUCUUCAAUGAGUAUCCAUACUUUGUUCAGCAAGACAAUCGGCGAUUUGUCUCCCAGCAGACGGGAAACCUGUACAUAGCUAAGGUGGAGCCCUCUGAUGUGGGGAACUACACAUGUGUGGUGAUGAACAGCAUCACAAAAAGCAAGGUUCAGAGCUCGCCCACAUCUCUGAUCCUCAGGACAGACGGAGUGAUGGGCGAAUACGAGCCAAAAAUAGAAGUUAAUUUUCCAGACAAUGUACCUUCUUCGAAAGGAUCAACAGUUACUCUGGAGUGCUUCGCCCUUGGGAACCCCGUUCCAGAAAUCACCUGGAGGAGGGCUAACGGAGUCCCAUUUCCCAGCAAAGUCAAAAUGAAGUAUUCAAAUGCAGUGCUGGAGAUCCCGAGUUUCCAACAGGACGAUACAGGAGGGUACGAGUGUGUGGCGGAGAACAAAAUGGGAAGAAACACAGCUACCGGUCGGCUGGCUUUUUACGCCAAGCCUCAGUGGAUCCAGACCAUGAAGGACACGGCAAUGGCCAUAGAGGAGAGACUGCACUGGGAGUGCCGUGCCAACGGAAAGCCCAAACCCUCCUACGCUUGGCUGAAGAAUGGCCAGCAGCUCCUCUCAGAGGACAGGAUCCACGUGGAGGAUGGGGUCCUUACGGUGUCGCCGCUCACGCUAUCUGAUGCUGGCAUGUACCAGUGUGUGGCUGAGAACAAACACGGCGUCAUAUAUUUUGCAGCCGAACUAAUGGUUUUAGCUUCUCCUCCGGACUUCACGGGGAACGUCCUCAGAGCUUUGCUCAAAGCCAAAGCCGGAACAACGGUGACGUUGGACUGCAAGCCCCAGGCCUACCCGACAGCAAGCAUUUUAUGGAAGAAGGGGAACCUGCCUAUCCACACCAACGACAGGAUCACACUUUCUCCAGACGGAACUCUCAGGCUGGCCAAUGUGAGCAAGUUGGACGCAGGCAGCUACACGUGCUUCGCCAGGAACAGAUUCGGGAUGUCAAGCACAACUGGAAGGCUCCUGGUUACGGAUCCAACCAGAAUCAUUCAGGGACCAGUGGAUAUGGAGAUCAUUGUAGGGGAGAGCAUCGUGUUGCCCUGCCAGGUGGCCAGUGAUCCUGUACUGGAUGUGUCCUUCUCCUGGGCAUUUAAUGGACAACUCAUCACCAAGGGAGACGGCCACUUUGAGCUUGUAGGCGGCCAGAGAACAGCCGGAGAUCUGAUGAUCAGAAACAUUCAGCUGUACCACGCCGGCAAAUAUAUCUGCGUUGUGGACACAGACGUGGAGAGCCUGUCAGCCGUAGCUGUAUUGAUUGUAAAAGGCCCUCCCAGCCCCCCGGAAUCGGUGACGGUGGAGGAGGUGACAGACAGCACGGCUCAGCUGGCGUGGAGCCCCGGCAGAGACAACGGCAGCCCCAUCACCAGCUACAUCAUCCAGACAAAAACUCCAUUCACUGUGGGCUGGCAGCGGGUCAAUACAGUUCCAGAGGUAAUUGAUGGCAACAUCCACACAGCUAUUGUGGUUGAUCUGAACGCCUGGGUCGAAUACGAGUUCCGGGUAUUGGCCAGAAACGGCGUCGGAGUCGGGGAACCCAGUCCCGUGUCGGUGAAGACGAGAACAGAGGACGCAGUUCCAGAUGCAGCCCCAGGUGAUGUGGGUGGAGGGGGUGGAAGCAGAUAUGAACUGGUCAUCACAUGGGAGCCCGUCCCUGAAGAACUGCAGAAUGGUGAGAGCUUCGGCUACAUCAUUGCCUUCCGCGCCUUCGGAGAAGUCAGCUGGACUCACGUGGCCACCUCGGCCCCCGGCGCAUCCCGCUAUGUGUACCGUAAUGACAGCCUCGCGCCCUUCUCUCCAUUUCACGUGAAGGUGGGCACUUACAACAGCAAAGGGCAGGGCCCCUUCAGCCCCGUGGUCACCAUCUACUCUGCAGAGACAGAGCCAAGCGGAAUGCCAGCAGGGGUUUGGGCCCGAAGUGUCGCAGCCUCUGAGAUUGAGGUGAAUUGGCAAGCUCUCACCGUCACCCCUGAAAGGGUUCUGGGCUAUGAGGUGGUUUACUGGGAGGAUGACACCAAACCGGAAACGAUGGGGAAGGUUAGAGUGCCUUGGAACCAAACCUCAGUCACAGUAAACAACUUGGCAGGAAACACGCAGUAUUUUUUAACAGUUAGCGCCUUCAACACAGCGGGCACCGGCCCUUUCCUCCCUGCAAUCAAUGUCACCACAAAAAAGCCACCGCCUGCCCAGCCACCGCUGAAUGUAGAAUGGACCCUAAUUGGCUCUCAGCUGUCUCUUUACUGGGAGCCUGUGGUGGCAAUGGAAUCAGAGUCAGAAGUUACAGGAUAUCAACUUUCGUUCUGGAGACAGAGACACAAAGAGGUAAACACAUUCACAACGGCCAAUUCGACAGCAGACUUGACCCUCCCUGAGAACGAAGACGACUACAUCAUUCGCAUUCAGACUCUGAGUGAGGGAGGCCUGGGUCCAGCCUCUGAUCCCAUACGGAUCCAUAGACUGAGUAUGAGCGCCCGUGGCUCCAACGCCCUGAGUGUGGACACAUCCCCGCUCUCCUUGUUCUUCACCAUUGCAAUAUCUACGUUCAGGUCAAUGUUGUGACAAGACCUCUCUCUGCUUUGUUUUCCAACACUUUUCUAUUGUUUCUAGAAGUAACCAUGCUUUUUUUUUCUCUCUUGACUCUUGUUUGGAGAUGACAGUUUUAUUGUGUUCUAUAGAAAAUAUGAGGCAGUGCAAUAUUGGAGUGUGCUAUCAGACAGAAUUAAUUAACAUUAUUUGCUUGCCUUUAUUUAUUUAUUUAUUUUUUUUAAUGUGGGUCUGACAUUUUGCCAGUCAGGAACAAUACUCCAAUUCAGCUCUUUACUUUGACUCUGAAAUAACACAGAUGCCUUACUUCCAUUCAUGUGCCAAAGUAGUUUAAGCCUUCUUCUUAUUAUUAAAAAAAUAGCUCCACACUUUUCUCAGCAUUUAGUUUUGUGCAGUUUAUAGCCAUUAAGCACUCAGUGUACCUUUUGAGGGCCUCAGUGUGAGAUUUUAGUUUUCAUCCCUUGAAUUUUCUGUUUUCCUCUUCAUGCCUCAAUCAGAUCGUCUGAACAUUUUUAUUCACACAUAUGCUUGUGCCUUUGAAGAUUCUCACAAUGGCCCCAAUUUCAGAUACAUCCAGCAGCCUGUUUUUAUAAGUACAUGCUCCAUUAAAAAUGGAUUGUGUUCCAUAUUACGGUCAUAAAACACCUCAUAUUGUUAAGUAUUUACCUUGUCGUUAUCGCUUAACUUUGGAAAAUUGAAUGUAGGCUCCUUAAGGUUUUAAUGCCUGGAGAAGAAAAAAAAAAACUAAAAUCUGUACUUAACUUGGCAUCAAGACACAUGUUCCCACAAACAGCAGUAGGAGUAAUGCUGCGUAGUACAAGUGCCAAUUUGUUCUUCUUAUUUCUUUUUUUUCCCAAGUUAUUAGGUAACAACAACAGAAGUCUUAAAUUUUUACUUCCAAGUUGAUUCUUUGAAGUGAAGAUUUGUACAAAAGAAUUUAUUCUCUUUUACAAUUAAAUACAUGACAUUUUGUGUA